AAUUCUUUUGGGGUUGUGGAGACCCAAACUGCAGACAUAUACCUUCUAUCAAAUGAAAUAUGUAAAUCCCCAAAUAUACUUUAAUUUAGUUAAACAUGUAUUAGUAUGAGUAGGUGAAGGCCAGUGCUGAUGAGCACUUUAAAGAAUAGUGAGAUUGAAAUUACAAUAGAAUACAUUCUAUUAAUCUGUCCUUUACAGCAUUCAUCCACAAUGUUUGCGUGUUAGUCAAAACGUGGCAUCAAUCAAGGCCCGGUUCAAUUAGUGUCAUGGCUUUAACAGAGAGGAGGAGGAGGAGGAGCAUCAUGCAAGCUGCUGUCCUUUCAGUCCAUUUGGCAGACAGACAGACAGACAGGUCCAGACUGUGGUCGUGCGGGGCGUCUUUCCAACAAACCAUCCUCGCUUGUAUCCCAGACUCCAAGAUGCCCGUCUCAUAUCACCAACGAUACCUCUUCCGAUGCAGCCGACGGUUGUAGCAGUGGAGCCGGCUGAUUAAUUCAACAGAGUAUAUUUCCACAGCUCGCUUCACACGCAUACAGAGAGGGAAAGAGAGAGCGCGAGAGAGAGACAGAGCGAGAAUAGGAAGAAAAUGCGUAAGAAAAAGGGAGAAAAUGAUGGAGGCAGGGUGUUAAGGAGGAGGGUUUUCGGGGGUGGGGAGAGAGUGAGAGAAAAGGGAGGAUAGGAAAGGGAGAGUAUGUGGAGAGGGGGCGGAGGAAAGGAGAGCGAGAGAGCGAGAAAGAAAGGGCGAGCGAGAGUCAGCGAGAGAGAGAGCGAGAGAGAGAGAGAGAGAGAGAGAGAGGGAAAAAAGAGACACGCAGGCCCUGGAGCUGCUGCUGAUGCUGCUGCUGCUGCUGCUGCAGCCGUUUGACGAUUCCCCACCCAGAGAGAGGAGGCAAGAAGGGAGGAGAUCAGAGAGAGGAGGAGGAAGAAGGAGUAAGCGACACCUCAGCCAAGAUGCUCCCGUGCUAGCCAGCACUCACGAGGGCAAAGCUCCAUGCCGCCUUGCGGGAGAAAACUCGUCUGAUUAACCACAACAAGAAGACGCCCGAGUAUGACCAGGUGCGACCCGACUAUGAGCAGCUGAGACAGACCUUUGCUGUAGUGAGCCAGGAGAGAGACGUGGCCCAGCAGCAGAGGCACCGCCUCCACGACAUAGUGGACAACCUGGGACGGGUUGUAGAGCAUAUGCACAGGGCUGUAGAGCUGAAGCAGCAGCUGCAGAUAGAGCAUGAGCAAGCGUUGGUGGUCCUCCACACCAAGCAGAAGCAGAACAAUCGACUGCAAAAGGUCCAGGUUUGUGACCUGCAGCGGAAAUGCCGGUCACAGAGUGAACACUUCCACCAGCUGUCCGAUGAGCUGCUGAAUUUUCGUUUGCGAUCAGAUACUGUGGAAAUCCUUAACACUAAUCCCGCCUCCCCACCCUGGAUCUCUCACUGCUCGGAGAAGAACAUUUCCCAAGUGGCCGUUGCAUUUGAAGUCCAGACCAAGACAGGCGAUGAGAGCGCGGCCAACCCGCCUCUACUGAUCGCCCGCUUCCCGCCCUGCACACCGCAGACUGGAAACCGAAGGAGACCAGAACCGCUGUCUGUCAAAUCCAGCACCGUGACAACGGACCGCCCCGUCAACCCUCGACAGCGGACCCCCUCAGAGAUGGAGGAUGAGGCCAGCCCAUCAUCCAGGUCCAAGGCUCGCUACACAGGCCAGGUCCGCCUUUGCACUGCCCGAUACAGUUACAACCCGUACGAUGGACCAAACGAGCACCCGGAGGCAGAACUCCCCCUUGUGGCUGGGAAGUAUCUGUACGUGUACGGAAACAUGGACGAUGACGGCUUCUACCAAGGGGAGCUGCUAGAUGGCCAGCGAGGACUUGUUCCCUCCAAUUUUGUGGAAUUUGUCCAAGACAAAGAAAAACUAGCAAUUGAGUCGGGGGAGAGGGGAGACGACCUGGCCCCUCUGGACCACAUGCCCCUGGCCUUGAUGGCCGGGGAUGGCGGUUCCUCCCAGGACGGCCUCCUGGGCUGCUCAGCCAACGCCUUGGUUCCCUGCAGCAACGGGACGGGGGGGCCGCUUGACCCCGAGGACCUGGCUGAAGACGUCGUGCCUUAUCCCCGAAAGAUCAACCUGAUCAAGCAGCUGGCACGCAGCGUCAUCGUGGCCUGGGAGCCCCCGGUAGUGCCUUUGGGCUGGGGGAACAUCUCUGGCUACAACGUGCUAGUAGACGGGGAGCACCGCGCCACCAUAGCGUACGGCGGCAGGACCAAGUGUCUGCUGGAGAAGCUGGACCUGGACGGCGGCGUCCAUCGCGUGGCGGUGCAGAGCGUCACGGACCGCGGCCUGUCGGACGAGCUGCGCUGCACCCUGCUGGUGGGGGCCAACGUGGUGGUCGCGCCGUGCGGCCUCCGGGUGGAUGACAUCCAGCGCGACACUGCCGAGCUGUCCUGGUUGCCCAGCAACAGUAACUAUUGUCACAACGUGUUCCUGGACGGGGCAGAGCAUGCAGUGGUGAAGGCAGGGAGGUAUAGACUACGCUUCAUCAACCUGAAGCCCCUGACGGUUUACAAAGUGACGGUGGUGGCACAGCCGCACCAGGUGCCGUGGCAACUGCCGCUGGAGCAGAGAGAGAGGAAAGAAGCUGGUGUGGAGUUCUGCACCCAGGCUGCAGGUCCAACAGCAUAUUGCAGAUCAGGCCCUCCUCAGCCUCCCCAGGAUGUCCAGGUGCUCUGUGGGCAGGCUCCAGGGGUCCUACAGGUCCGCUGGAAGCCCCCCAUGCUCUCCCCUACAGGCACCUCUAACGGGGCAAAUGUCGUUGGCUAUGCAGUCUGCACUAAGGGACAGAGGAUUGCUGAAGUGUUGUUCCCGAUGGCGGACUACGUCACUGUCGAGCUGACCCGGAUUCAGUGCCUGGAGGCUCGGGAAGUCAUCGUGAGGACGCUGUCAGUUCAGGGGGAAUCCCAGGACUCCCUUGUCGCCGUCAUUCCAAACAACCUCCUCGUGCCUCUACCUGCAAUCCCCCUGCCACCCCCGAUGCACCCCCACGCGGGCCCCCCUCCACACCCCCACGCCCAGCCCCACCUCCAAUCCCCUCACCUUCCUCACGCCGCACCCCAACUUCCUGCCCCACACCAGGCACACGGACAACCACCCCCGCCCCAUGCUCCUCACCCUCAACCCCAUCUGAGACUUCCCCACCCAGGUGGACCCCCGCAACCCCAGCACCGACCCCCGCACCCUCAGCCCCAGCCACAGCCCCUGCACCAUCAGCCUCGCCAUCCGCACCAAGGUCCUCGGCCCUUGCACCAGCUGCCUCUGCUUCCCCACCCCCAUCACCACCCUUUACCUCAGAGACCAGUAUGUGCCAGAGACCUGGAUGCCAAAGAGCACGCAGCCCACCACGGGGGAGCUUUUCCACCGGGCCAGCCGGGCUGGGACCCAACGCGCUCUCCCAAUUCCCAGCCCUCUGCGCCCAUGCAUGGCCACACCCUCGAGGCCCCUCCCUCUGCCAAUCCACGUUCCCCCUCCCCCCAGAGGAUCCUCCCUCAGCCCCGAGGCACGCUCAUCCCGGACACCGUGGCCAAAGCCAUCGCCCGAGAAGCAGCCCAGAGGGUGGCGGCAGAAAGUGGCAAGGCGGACAGGAGGCCGGCCAGAUUUGGAGAGCAGGGUCGUUCAUUUCACCCGCAUCAUUCUGAUGAGGAAGAGGAGGACGAGGAAGGGUUCACGCACGGCCGGCGGAGAGGACCCUCGGUGGAUGAGUUCCUCAGAGGCUCGGAGCUUGGGAGGCCGCCUCACUAUAGUCACAAUGAAGAUUAUCACAGCGAAAGCAGCCGGGGCUCUGACCUGUCUGACAUCAUGGAAGAGGAUGAGGAGGAGCUGUACUCUGAGAUGCAGCUGGAAGAGGGACGUCGACGCAACUCGCACAACACACCCAAGAACAGCACGGCUGCUGGAGGCCGCCACGACCGGGAGCCGUGCAGAAGAAACCAUCACGGCGGUCCCCAGCCUCAGAGAAGACCUCUGAUGGUCCCCUCCAUUGAGGUAACCUUUGACAAUAGCGGUGAGGCAAACCCCAUCACCGAGGAUGUUUACUAUGGCAGAGUAGCUCGGCACAGGACGUGGUCUUCCCGCAGGCACAUGGGCGGCACCAGGUCACCCCAUGAUGGCUUCAGGGACCGGGACCGUCGCUCUCCCACCUACUACGACGAGUCCGAGCCCGACGAGUCCUUCAGGAUCUUUGUGGCCCUGUUUGACUACGACCCUCUGUCCAUGUCCCCCAACCCGGACGCAGCUGACGAGGAGCUGCCCUUCAAAGAGGGGCAGAUCAUUAGGAUAUACGGUGAUAAAGACACAGAUGGGUUUUACAGAGGAGAAGUGAGGGGCAGGAUGGGGCUGAUCCCCUGUAACAUGGUGUCUGAGAUCAGAGCGGAGGACGAGGAGACCAUGGACCAGCUCAUUAAACAGGGCUUCCUGCCACUCAGCACCCCUGUGGACAGAUUAGGUACUUUGCCGGCUGGACGUGUACAAAUGAUCACUGUCGCCCGCUGUCGUUCGGCUUUACAAAGUUUAUUUUGGAAGGAAAACACAGGAGGAAAUACUGUUUGGAAUGAAAUCUUCGAAUCGUUGUUUCCAGAGCAGAGCAGAAGAGGCCUGCGUCGAGACCAGGCCUCGAGGAGGAUGGUGGCUUUGUACGACUACGACCCCCGAGAGAGCUCCCCUAACGUUGACGUCGAGGCCGAGUUGACCUUCUGUGCUGGUGACAUCAUGGCUGUUUUUGGAGAUAUUGAUGAGGAUGGAUUCUAUUAUGGCGAGAUCAACGGCCACCGCGGCCUGGUUCCCUCUAACUUCCUGGAAGAAGUGCCUGAUGACGUGGAGGUGUAUCUGACCGAUACUCCGUCCCACUACCCCCAGGAAGAGCCUGCCAACCGGGCCCCCGCCAAUUCUGCCUCCAGCGUCUCAGAGGGCAAACGGGUGACCACGGAAACCACAGAAACCACCAACGCUGUCAACAACGAGUCCCCACCUGUCCGAGCGCCGUCCCCGAUAGUUCGGCCCCUCCUCCCAGGCACCAUGCGGCCCCUCAGCCCCACGAGGGGCCCCCACAUCCCGAAGGAGCCCCGCGAUCCCCGGGACCAAGACCUGGCAAACAAGAAGAAGAAAGGGCUUCUCUCCAAAGGCAAGAAGCUCCUGAAGAGACUUUCCCCUGUGAAAUAAAAGACAAAAAAAAGGCGUACGUGUGCAGUGCGCCCACAGGCUCUGUAUAUUGCAUCCACACAAUCAACUCUGCUCCAACAACACACGACGGAGAGGAUGUGAGCGUGUGAGCCUAUUUUAAUAUAACCAGUGACACAGUUGUUCAUGUACGGUGAUGGAUACAAAUCAACUCAAUGAUGUAUAGUGCAGUGCCAAAACCAAGAGACAGAGGUCACCCGCGCACACAAAAACAUAUUACUGUGAUGUAUUUUAAAUCAACGGAUCGUUUAAGAAAAAAAAAACAA